GUCUAUUCAUCCCGUCCACCGCCUCUGCCAUUGAGACAAUACCUACUAGCUACCUGUACCUUACCACUACUGUAGUCAUACCAUAAUGGACGAAUGCCGAAGACACUUGUCAAAGCCCGAACACGGCCUGGUCAGCGCAAUGCCGCCUCCUGGUUGGUCCAGUCUUGACACCGCGAUUGCCGACAUGUCCAACCCUUCCGAAGACCACCUCAUGGAUCUCUUCACCAAUGUUUUCAUCACAUGCCACUGGUAUACAGUCAAGGUACAGUCAAGGUCCUGUCCUGUCGACGACGUAAUCCAUCUUCUGCACUCAUCGCGCCGACUCGGUUGGUCGUCAGCCCUGUUUGCGACCAGGGAGGAGGAGGAGACUCAUACAUCGCCUGUUAUUCCCGCCUUACCUCCACAUCUGCUGGCAUGUCUUGCUUUCCGAUCUCUAUACCUCAUAUGCCCGCAUUAGCCGCACUCACCUUUGUUGCUUCUCGUCGCUUCACUGCCCUCGGGUCUUUGAUACUUCUACCAUGAGACGACAACAUUUGAAGCUUGUCUCGCAACCCCAAGUCUUCCAUCAUUGCGGGUUUCAGAAUGGAGGGCCAGCUGAGGCAGAACAAGGCACACACUCCCCAAUUGAGCACUAGCGCCAAUCGUCUGCGCAUUGAGCAUAGUGUCGUCACUUCGUCCCAGUCUUCCCAUCAACAUUGAACGGGAGUGCAACAACAUUGAAGAACAACAAUCAUAACAACAACACCUCUAACCGACCACCCACCAAAAUCCCCCAUCAUGGACAAGCUGAAGAGCAUGUUUGGCAGCAGCGGCAGCGGCAGCAGCAGCGGCGGUGCUUCUGCUACUCCCGCCCCAGCCCCAGCUGGUGCUGUGGAAAACCCAGACAAGGUCGUCUUGCACACCACUCUCGGUGCCAUUACCAUUCAGCUCUUCUCGCAGCAGACUCCACGCACCUGCCAGAACUUUGCUACUUUGGCCAAGACGGGAAAAUAUGAUGGAGUCAUCUUUCACAGAAUCAUUCCUGGAUUCAUGAUUCAAGGUGGUGACCCGACCGGUACCGGUCGUGGUGGCAGCUCCAUCUUCGGCGCCAAAUUCGAGGACGAGUUCGUUCCUUCGCUCAAGCACGAGUCCAAAGGAACCCUCUCAAUGGCAAACGCGGGCCCCAACACCAAUGGUUCCCAAUUCUUCAUCACCUUGGGCCCAACUCCUCACCUCAAUGGCAAGCACACCGUCUUUGGUAAAGUGGUCGAGGGAAUGGACGUAGUCGACAAGCUCGGCAGUGUUCGCACCGGUGCAGGAGAUCGACCGGUCUCUGAGGUCAAGAUUGAGAGGACCGAUGUGAUGUAGAUGAGGACGCAAUGAUAAUGAUGCCAAUCCGGGACUAUCGGGCCUGUAAUAUUACACGAAGAAAUGGAGGGUAACCAGUAGCUAGCAGACAGACAAAGAAGGAUGCCCUGUUCAAAAUACG